CCGGUUUGCAGCUGCAUGCCAAACUGAUGCUCUGGCUUUGUAGACGUGGCUCCCCCAAUGAAUUCAUUAUGAGUGUUAUGCAUGUGUGUUGUGGUUUGCAGGUCUAUUGUGAAUCAGUGUGUGCUCACUUCAUUAGCAGCAUUGAUGGCACCGUGGUCGUGGUGUCAGCUGUGCACACAGCUCCGGGGGGAGUCAUGAUUGGUGGGCGAGGAAGGGUUGUGACAGCCAUGUUGACCCCAUGUUUGAGGCUGCUUUUGCUCCUCCCCCUGGUCAGCAGUGUCCCCUCCCCCUCCCGAUCUCCUUCCAGACUAUGCAGGAGGUGCUGCGACCACCUUGAGCCUCCAGCAACCUCCACCAAAUAUCAGAUGCCUGAGGUCCACACUGUCAUCAACAUGACCAUCCUUAAAGGUGAUAAAGGAGACAGAGGCGACAGAGGCACACCUGGAAAGGCUGGCUUAGAUGGACCUACUGGCUUCCGUGGACCCAUUGGCCCCAAAGGCAGCAAAGGCCAAGCGGGUGUUCCCGGCGAUCCCUGCAAGAUCCCUCACUCUACCUUCUCGGUGGGUCGUCGCAAGUCCCUGCACAGUGUGGACUACUACCAGGCGCUGGUGUUCGACACAGUCUUUGUCAACAUCCACGAGCACUUCAACAUGUUCAAGGGAAAGUUCUACUGCUAUGUUCCGGGGAUCUACUUCUUCAACGUGAACAUCCACACCUGGAACUUUAAGGAGACCUACCUGCACCUCAUGCACAACAACAAGGAGCAGGUGAUCCUGUACGCUCAGCCCAGCGAGAGGUCCAUCAUGCAGAGCCAGAGCGUCAUGAUGAACUUAGCUCUGAAUGACGAGGUCUGGGUUCGACUCUACAAGAGGGAGAGGGAGAAUGCUGUUUACAGCGAUGAUGUGGAUGUUUACAUCACCUUUAAUGGAUACCUGGUGGCGCCUGGUAUCCAGUGAAGACAGACGAAACAGGAUAAUGACAGGAGUGGCAGAAUCUCUGGGAUUAUUUGGUCUUUUUGCCAUGGAUACUGCUCUAUGCAAAGAAAACAGAGCCACGUAGAACACAUUGCAAGUUUGGUGCUUAUUAAAUAUUCCUUUCAGACUGGAGAGGAACAAACUGAACGUUUAUAAUGAGGCUGCCCAAAAACUUCAAGGAUAGAAAGGAGCAGUUGAAAAGAGAAAGGUAGCACAGCCUGGAUUAGGAAGGAAUGUUGAAUUACUUCCUGAAUUACCAAGAAAAAAACCCCACCUUCCUCCAUCUGAGCUGUGCUACUUUUACUCUUCGAUCACUUUGUUCAGGGACUUUGUGUGUGAACACGAGUUAUGUCAGGAAACAUAUGUCUGUGCAAUCAGUUAUAUAUUUGUGACACGGUGCUUCUUUAUGAAUCCUGACUGUUUGCUUAUUAUUAAAUGAUUCCAUUGUGCCUUUUGGAAGAACACAAGAAGUCAGUUCCCAAUCCCGUCCCAAUCAAUCAAUGAUGGUGCUUUCACUCCUGCCUUAUUUAGUAUCGACUUCUUGAACUUCCUGUUACUCCAAACCAACUUUAAAAGCUUUGGCUGAAGUUUUGAACUGAGCAGCCGUACUUUCUUUGCACAUAAGAGAUAACUGAGCUGGGAACCACUUUGUUUUUUAUUGUGAAAACAUGUUUUGUUCGUGAUGUAAUUAAAAUUGUAAUUCAAAA